GCCACCGCCGCCUCCGCCUCCGCCUCUCGGGCUGCAGCUCCCGGCGUGCCCCGCACUCGCCGCUGCCCGCCCCCCCCUCCCUCUCCUGCUGCCAGUGCCACAGAGGAGUCCGAGCUGCCGCCGCAGCCACAGCCGCGGGCACUAUGGCUUCUGGAGUUACAGUGAAUGAUGAAGUCAUCAAAGUUUUUAAUGAUAUGAAAGUAAGGAAAUCUUCUACACAAGAGGAGAUCAAAAAAAGGAAGAAAGCAGUUCUCUUCUGUUUAAGCGAUGACAAAAGACAAAUAAUUGUAGAGGAAGCAAAGCAGAUCUUGGUGGGUGACAUUGGUGAUACUGUAGAGGACCCCUACACAUCUUUUGUGAAGUUGCUACCUCUGAAUGAUUGCCGAUAUGCUUUGUACGAUGCCACAUACGAAACAAAAGAGUCUAAGAAAGAAGACCUAGUAUUUAUAUUCUGGGCUCCUGAAAGUGCACCUUUAAAAAGCAAGAUGAUUUAUGCUAGCUCUAAAGAUGCCAUUAAAAAGAAAUUUACAGGUAUUAAACAUGAAUGGCAAGUAAAUGGCUUGGAUGAUAUAAAGGACCGUUCAACACUUGGAGAGAAAUUGGGAGGCAACGUAGUAGUUUCACUUGAAGGAAAACCCUUAUAAAAUGACAGUCAAGUGCCAUCUGGAUCUUAAGGAGCUUCCAUUUCUCCAGCUCAAUGAAUUGAAAUAGUAUUAGGUGUUUUUUUUUUUUUCUUUCUCUUCCCACUGGGUCCUUCCAAUACAGUGAAUGAAGGAAAUAUCAUUCAUGUAAGCAGCCUAUCAGUGAUUGCCAUUAGACUGUUUAAUACUGUUACUUUUAUGUAGAACCCAAGGAAUGCCUUUCCAUCAUAUUUUAGCCAAAACAACUGGUUAUAUGCCUCCCUUGCAGCAAGCACUACAAUGAAAGUGAUUGUCAAUGUGAAUAGCUUAGAAUACUGCAAAGGGUAAGCUGAUUGAAUGCCUUGAAAGUAUUAUCCACUGGUCAGAUGGUAAACUUUAUUCAGUAUUAUUAUUUAUAGUUGCACUUGAUUGCAGUUCUGUGAGGCUCAAGCAUUCAUACACCUCACCUGCCUUGGCAAGCCUAUUUUUGUGACAUGGCAGCACAGAUAUAACACUAUGCAUUGAAAGCACUUUUUUUGUAAUGAGUUUAACCCCCCACCUCCCCCAAAAGGAAUGCCAAUUAAGUUUUGUUAACUGUGUCAUCAACUUAUCCUAGUACCUCAGUAUUCAUUCCUGUUACCUGCAUAUUUUUUAAAAAAAUAGCUGUUACUAAUGCCUUUUUUUCCAUUGAGUGUACACUACUGAAUAAGUGUAGGAGUUUAUGUUUACCAUGUAAGUUUUGCAACACAAAAUAUUUUGAAUAUCAGUCAUGAUGGCAAUUUCUGUAUAAAAGAGCCUUAAACGGAACAUUGUUUUGAGAUCAGACUCCCCACCCUCACAAUAAUGGCCACGUUGCAAUAAAAAUUGUGGCAUAUUACA